CUAAUUGUGUUAUUGGUACAGCCAACAGCUACUUGGCAAGGAGGCCUUCCUGUGGUCACUGGUGUCAGUGACAAAGCUAGAAGUAGUUGCUUCAGAGCUGAGAUCUCAGUACCUAACAUUGAUGGGAUAGUGAUUGGAGAUUGACUUUCUGUGGGGUGUUUCCUAACAUCUCUGGAUCCACCUCUCCUGCCAGCAACAUCAGGAUGGCAAUGCCGCUUAGUCCUUUGUACGAUCCAACCAGUGAAAUGAGCAUGGUAGCCAUCAGCCAGGCAGUACUGUCCCAGCUGCAGAGGAAUCAACAGGAAUUACAAGACCUCAAGGACAUCAUUCUUCAUCUCGCUGUUGGCAUCCGCCAAGGGGAACACAGCUCACGUUGGGAGGAAUGCCAAGCCAUGAUUGAGUCCAAACUGAGGGAGAUGCCAGCAGCUGGAGAGCCACAGUGUGAGAUACCGGCACCUACUGAGUUCAUGGAACUGCUUGCCGCAGGUGCAGAGCACACCCAAGAGUCGGAUCAGGAGUCAGGGGCAGAGACACAGACUUGUCACCUACCCAACCAACGUCCCCAAGACCUCACCCAGUGUGAUCCUGACAUUUUCCAUGGACUAAGAUUCCCAGAGCCUUUGGUGGUGCAGGCCAGGAGGGAAAAUCAACUUGUCUGCAAGAUUAGCACUGUCAAUGACUCCUCCAGAUAUCAGCAGGACAAAGAACCUGACAAGGACUUGGUGGCCUCUGCAGACAGGAUGGAGGCCCACCCCAGCAGCCUGACUAUACAAUACUUGAGCAAGCUUGAAGCCUGCCCAUGCUGGCUUACCCUGGACUGCUGGGUCCUGUUCAUGGUUCCUGAGGAUCUCAUGCUGGGAAUGCCCUGGGCCUAUUCCUGGGUCCCAGACCAGGGGCUCCAAGGGUCCUUCCACUGGCUGGAGGCUGUUGAAGUAAAUGGUGCCUCCAGAAAGCAACUGCAAGUGGCAGACAGCCAGGUAGUGGUGAUGUGCAAGGAUUGGGUGAAGCUGUGUUGUGGCAGGCUGACUGCAGGAUACCCAUGUGAGCCCUGCAUCUGUCUGUGUGCCCCACCCAGUGGUUAUGUGUACUGCUGGGUCUCCUUCGCGGCCAUGGAGAAUAUCACUACAAGAAUGCCAAGGAUCCAAGGCCGGUUCCCAGACCUGAGCCUCGAGGAACCCUUCUACUUGGCUGAUGCCAUCGAGGCCUUGGAAGGGUGGCCUCCCACCCACAGCUGGGCUCUGGUUUAGGGCCAAGAGACUGAAGACGUGCCACCUGCAUAUAGACGUUGGCUACAGGUGGUGUGCAGGGUGCCCAAAUCCCCAGACAUGGAGGGAGAGCUCAGUGGUUUGACAGAGGCAGCAGGCCGGCACAGGCAGGCAGGUCCUCUCGUGUGGGGCCACUGCCCAACCAGGUGUUGGUCCCACUGGAGGGCAGAGAGACCCACAGGUGCUCAGACAAUGUGCUGGACCUGCUCUGUGGUCAUGUUGCUGUGACCUUGGCCCUUGUUUGCAGUAUAUACCUGCAGUGAUCAGCAGGAUGAAAAACCUGACGAGGAUUGGAUGGCCUCUGGAGACAGCGUGCAGAUGGAUGCCUGCAGGCUAAGCUUGGACUCAAAACAACAGCCAGAAGCCUUGUUCUGCCUCACUCCGGCUGUGAUGUACCAUUGGGACCCUACUGAAGCCAAUGUGAAUGUUGCCUUUGGCCUGCCCUGUCCCUGUGACUGGGAAUGGAACCCAGCCAUGCAUUUGAAGAGGCCAUUCCACUGGGCCCAUGCCAUUGAAGCCCACACCUCUGGCACAGAGCUGGGAGAGGAAGAGGAAAUAGACUCCUCCAGGCAGGAGGAGGAGGAAGAGCGGGCAUUAUCCAGGGAGCUGGUUGAGGCCCACCAUGGGUCUCUGCAGCAGCUUUCCAUUGAUGAACCUCGUGUAGCCUGCACUUCCUGGCUCCUAUUGUCCACCAGAAUUUUGUCUAAAAUGCUGUGGAUGGUCUAUCAAGGUACCAGAAAUUCUUUGUGGUAACCAUGUCAGAGACAUAACCUCGUCAUGUCAGAGAUGUAACCUCUCUACUUUCCAUAAUGCCCUAUAAAGAAAUCUAGUUUCAACAAC